GAGAGAGAGAGAGAGAGAGGGAGCAACAGAACGUGCGAGUUUGGCAGGACAGGGUUCGAACCCUUGCCUUCCCACGCUCCAACAGGUCGCUUUCGCUGGUGGGGCGAAGGUUAAGGCGUUUGGCUGUGGUGACGGAUAAGGACGCAAGAAGAUGAAGAAGGAAGAAAAAAGGAAAAAUAAAUAAAUAAAAUAAAAGAAAAGAAAAGAAAAGAAAAAGCGAUCAUUGGUUUGCAUAAAAGACCAACGACAAGGCCAAUGACAGGCAGCCCACAUGGCCAGCUUGUAUGGAUUUCCUCCCUUCAUUCCAAAAGGCGAAAUAACACACCCUUCUCUCACGUAUUUCAUCAUACGGGUUCCCUUCUACUCUUCUCUCUCAUUCUAUAUAUAUGAAAUCGGGUUUUUCCUCAUUUCAUGAAUUGGUUUUUCGCAAUUUUCUCAUAAUCUGUUGUGGAAGUUCGUAGAACUGUCAGAGUUCGCUCCGUAUGCUUGUAUAUUUGAUUGGGUUCUGAUUUUUGGGCUGGAUUUUAGAUCAAAAUGCAGGCCUAUCCGAUUCUCCUUUUUUCUCAUUACGAAACGGGUUUUCUAACUUUUUUGUAGUUGUUUGGGGAAGCCAGUGAAACUGCUCAAAUUAGUUUCGUUUGUUUAUAUAUUGAAUUGGGUUUUGAUUCUUUUGUUGGAUUUUCACUCCAAACGUGCAUCAAUUUAACUCCACUUUGGUACGAACUGGGUUCAGUUCUUGUUCUGUAAUUUUUGGUGGAAGAUCAGGAAACUGUUGAAAUUCGAAUUGUACUUCUUUAUUUUGAAUUUGGUUUUGAUUCUUCCGCUCGAACUUUUGCUCUUAACACUGAGCAUUCGAACUGCAUUUCUUGUAUCUGUCUUAUUUCAUGAUUUGGGGUCUGUCUUUUCUUGUAACUGGCAUUGAAAUCCAUAGAACUGUUGCAUUUCACCUUGUAUGUAUUUGAUUCUUCUGCUAGGCUUUCGGUCCAAGUGCAACCAAAUCCAAUUCCCUUUAGCCUUUCUUAUAAUUAUUAUGGAAAGUCCAUGAAACAAAUGAAAUUCGACCGCUGUGUUUACAUGUUGAAAUGAGCAUUGUUUCCUUCACCCCAGUGGUAUGCCAGUCCAACUCCUUUUCUCAUUAACUUUUCAAUCCAUGAAGCAGGUUCUGUUUUCUUCUCCGAUAAUCAGCUGUGAAAAUUGAUGAAACCAUUGAAAUUUGCUCAUAAUGUUUAUGCAUUGAAUUGGGUUUUUGAGUCUUCUGCUGGAUUUUUUUAUUGUUAGGUUUCUUAAAAUUCAGCUGUCAUUACUUUGCUUCCCUUCCCCCAUUAUCGAGUCUGUUGGCUGUUUAUGAUGGGUUUCAAUUCCAACAGAGUAGUUUUGAGCUCUAGAACUCUUCCUGCUUCUGGUGGGAGAAAACCAAGCUCUUCUAAUGAGUCAGUUUGUGAAAGCAAUGGCUCUAAUCGCUUUCCUAGUGGCAAGCGGAAGAAUCUAAGCAAUGAUGCCUCAAUCAGAGCCCGAGAUCAUUAUCGUGCAAGUUCAUUUGGGGCAAAAAGCAAAGGAAAGAUGUCAGCUGGUUCUUUGAGGGGAAAAUUUGAGACCGAGAAACCAUGGACUCUAAAAUACGGAAAAGACAAGAAGUAUUCAGCGCGUUUGAAUCGGGUGGCAGAUGUUGAGUUGGAUUGUAAAAGCAACAGGUCUCCGAGUGCGAAAAUUCCACUGCCUUCUAAAACACUUGUUCAUAAUGAAAAAACUGAAAAAUUGGGCAGGAAAGAAAAUGGUGUUUCAAACCCCUGUCAUACCCAUCAUUCUCCUUGUCGUCCCGAUUCAACAAAGCCGGUGAACAGUCAUUCAAGUCCAUCAAGCACAUCUUUUUCAAGCAGAGAAAGCCCCACUUCCGUGAUCUGGAAACGGGAAAGGGGUUCAACUGCUGGGAAGUGUAACAGCAUGAAAGCUCCUGUGAACCUUGACAAUGGGAGCAUUCCCAAAGAAAAUUCCGGAAUGUCUCAUGAUUCUAAGAAUGGUAGACAUCUGCCGAGCAACGCUCGCAAUUGUCAACAUAGUGGGAGUGCACUUUCAUUUGGUAAUAUAUAUAGAGGUUUCAAAAAUGCUAUUGUUGAGGCAGAUCCUUCACAUGCAAAAGAAACCCAUCAAAACAAAACAGUACCUAGAUUUAAAUCGGAGAUAGAUGGUAAAGGUAAAGAUUCGGAAACUGUUCGGUCAAAUAGCAAUGUGUUGGGCUUUGGAAGAUGUAAUUAUGGUCACGGAAGCAUCAUCAAGGGUGCGAUGAAUGUGGAAAGUUGCCCUGGAACCAAUUACUUGACUAUUGGCAGUAACAAGGGGGAAGACCAGCUGACUUUCCCAGCUCCAAGCGUGACUCCUAACUCUAAAAAUGCGGAGGAGCUAAGGAAUGCUGGCAAUGAUGAAUACAGGAAAGGCCGCUUCACUGAGGCCAUUUCUCUUUAUGAUCGAGCAAUUGCCCUGUGCCCACGAGAUGCUUUGUGCCAUAACAAUAAGGCUGCUGCAUUGGCUGGCCUCAGGCGGUAUUCAGAGGCAGUGGGAGAGUGCCUAGAUGCUAUUGAGUGCGAUCCUUCUUAUUCACGUGCUCACUAUAGACUUGGAAGUCUGUAUACCAGGUUUGGUCGGGUGGAAGAUGCAAAAUGGCACUUCAAAUUAUCUGGACAGCAGCCUGACUCAGAAGUUAUGCAUAUGAUUCUGCAUAUUGAAAGUCAUUUGCUAAAUAUGUCAAGGGCUCGCAAUGCUGAAGACUGGAAUCGCGUUUUGGCAGAAAGCACUUGGGCCAUUGAUGCUGGAGCUAAUGCAUCUGAUCAGGUGUUGGCUUAUAAAGCUGAAGCUUUACUGAAGCUACACAAGGCAAAAGAAGCUCUUGACCUUUUGACGGUAGCAAAGAGGUCAGAGAUUGAUAAAUCGAGAAAGACCCACAAAGGAGAUUCAUGCUUGUUGAUCAUAGAAACACAGGUGUACAUGUAUUUAGGAAGGUUUGAUGAUGGAGUUAUGGCUGCAGAACGUGCGGCAAACUUGGACUGCAGACCUGAGUUGCUGAUGUGGCUAAAAAAAGCUCGGGCAGUUGCUGAUGCUCGAAAAACAGGAAAUGAACUUUUUAAGGCUGGGAAGUAUUUGGAAGCAUGCGAAGCAUAUGGGCAAGGGCUGGAGCAUGCUCCUACAAACAGCAUCUUGCUUUCUAAUCGAGCAGCAUGUAGAUCUAAGCUUGGACAGUGGGAAAUGGCUGUAGAAGAUUGUAAUGCAGCUUUACGAAACCGACCGAAUUACACAAAAGCUCUUCUACGGCGUGCUCAUUCAAAUGCCAAGCUUGAACGCUGGGAGGAAUCUUUGAGAGACUACAAAGUAUUGAGCCAGGAGAUGCCGGGAGAUAUCAGUAUUGCCCAUUCUCUUCUUCAAGUGCAGACAGAGCUCAAAAGGUUCCGAGGCGAGCCUAGCAACUUACCACUUGGAGGGCAAGUGACUGAGAUUAACAGUUACUCUCAGUUAUUAAAAGUCGUCAAGUUGGCAGGUCUCGCACUUCUACAGUUCUUUAUGAAAUCAGAUGAUGGAUGCAAGCAACUUUCGCCAUUGGUCAAUGAACUCUCCCAGAGAUACCCUUCGUGGAGCUUCCUUAAGGUCGACAUUGAAGAAAAUCCCGACUGGGCGGAAUUUGAGAGCAUCAAGUUCGUGCCUAUUUUCAUUAUAUACAAAAAUGGCCUUAAGUUGAGAGAGAUUUGCAGACCCGAUCGGCAAAUUCUUGAGCAUGCUUUGAAGUUUCACAGCAGCUAAAGGUUUUGUAUUGGAUGGUCUCAAACAAGAAAAAUAAUGAUACAGAUUCUCUAGUGGCUAUUGAAGUAUCACGCACUACUGCCUUUGGGUUUGUAAAUAGAGGUGUUAUACAAUGCUCAAUUGCAGGAAAAUCUACAGUUUGCACUGGUUUCAUAGUUUGUAUAAGCAGGCCCAUGGUUCUGUUAACCAAACUGUUGAGUAUGAUGUGGGCCAACCUUGAUGCUCCCUGCACCGACAAUGUCCUGGAUUGGAAGAUCCUAGCUAUCGAAUCUUUUGGCCUUUUUUUUUUUUUCAGUUUAAUGUGGACCGUUGCCUUGUUCUCUUUAUUGGCCAAUCCAUCAAAGGUUAGGCUUUUCCCAUCCAGGGAAUUUAUCCCAUGCAGGGCCCAUCGGACCAGUGAAUCACAUAAACACCUGUACGUAAAACCCAACCGAGCAGUAGAUAUUCUUAGGUCCAGCAUUGUGUAAUACCUCCUGUAUAUACACAGAGAGUACUACUAAAGAAAUUUGUCUGAAAUAAGGUUUGAUUCUUCCUGGCAACCCUUAUUAAGUUCUGAUAUGUUGCAAUAAAGGGGCCUUUUCUUUUC